UUGUUUUCUCUUCUCUUUUUGCUUCAACAAAUUCUCAACGUUUCCGAUUCUCAAGUUUUUCCUUCUCAGAGUAUCGACAUGGAUAUGAAGGUUGCGAAGAAUAUUAGUACCCAACGAGUCAUUCCAAAACCAUGCCACUAUUGGCUUGCUGGUAGAUGCAACAGAAACCCUUGUAGGUUUUUACACGAAGCAACACCACACACAUUCACUGCCUCUUGUAAUGUAAACGCUGGAUAUCACAGUUCAAGAAAGCGCCAUUCCUCCUCUGAAUCUGAGAAGCCCCUUCCUAAGCGCAAUUCAAAGACUGUCUUGAUUAGAAAGAGUGGAGAUGGUGGAGACAGGACUCCAGUUGCUGAGGCUUCUCAGAAACCUUCACCAAUUAUCUGCAAAUACUGGAUGGACGAAAACUGUGUUUAUGGUGAUCAUUGCCGAUAUUUACAUUCGUGGUUUUACGGUGAUGCUUUGUCCACAUUAACAAAGCUUCAAGGACACAAGAAGCUUGUUACUGGAAUUACACUUCCAGUUGGAUCAAACAAACUUUAUUCUGGAAGUACUGAUGGGACACUUCGGACAUGGGACUGUCAUUCUGGUAAAUGUGAUAAUGUGAUGAAUCUUGGUGCUGAAGUCACGUCUUUGAUCAGUGAGGGCCCUUGGAUUUUUGUUGGUCUGCCAAAUAUUAUCAAGGCAUGGAAUCUUCAGACUGCAUCACAGUUUACCCUUGAUGGACCUAAGGGUCGAAUCCUUGCCAUGGUUGUUGGCAAAGAUACACUAUUAGCUGGAGCAGAGGAUGGCGUAAUUUCUGCAUGGAGAGUCAGCUCUGAACCCAGUUCUUCUUUCGAAAUGGUUGCCUCACUACAUGGCCACACUAAAUCUGUGGUUUGCCUUACCAUUGGAUGCCGCAAGAUGCUUUACUCAGGAUCAAUGGACCAAACCAUUAAGGUUUGGAAUCUUGACACAUUUGAGUGUACAAUGACACUCCAUGGGCAUACUGGCGCAGUCACAUCCCUUAUAUGUUGGGACAAUUUCUUGUUAUCUGGUUCAUCUGACUGCACCAUUAAGAUCUGGGCUGCCACUGAAGAGGGACCUCUAAAAGUGAUAUAUUCACAAAAUGUGGAAAACGUUGUUAUUGCACUUAAUGGGAUGACUGAUGCAGAAGGCAAACAUAUAUUGUUCUGCUCCUGCAAAGACAAUUCAGUUCGCCUGUAUGAAUUACCAUCAUUUUCAGAGAGGGGUAGAUUGUUUGCUAGACGAGAAUUUGGAUCAAUAGAGAUUGGUUCUGGUGGACUAUUCUUCACCGGAGAUGGUACUGGUUUGAUGACGGUCUGGAAAUGGUUGGAAGAUCCCAAAUUGGCAGGAUCCUCUUGAGUCAUGAGAAAGAUAUCUACUUUUGGUUUUCUUCCACCAACUACCUUGUUGAUGUGAAUGAUGCUUUCAGGCAGAGGAGUAUAUGAUCAAUUAUAUAGUCCAUUAGAAUCCUCGAGUCAUGAUCAUUUAUACAGUUUGUGACACAAGUCAAUUUAUUGUUCCCUGAUCAUUGAGAUAUAUUGAUUGUAAAAAGAUGUAAAUAUUAUAUUGAACAGUUGAAUUCAAUUUUUUCUUAAUCUGCUGUUAGUUCAAGUUCUCAUUCUUUCUAA